CGCUCAACCCCCACCUCCCGGCACCGCCUACCCAUACGCCGCACCCCCACCUUCCUCCACCACAUACUACAACAACAACCCAUACUACCAACAACCCAAUCCUCACGCCGUCCAACGCGCCACCUUUCUCCGCCGCAUAAUCGCUAUAGCCAUAGCUGCUAUGGUCAUCACUGGAGCCUUUAUUUUUAUCGUCUGGCUCAUACUCCGCCCCCGUCUCCCCGAGUUCCGAGUCGACUCGCUCUCAGUCUCAAACCUUAAUCUCUCCAAUUCAUUGAUUUCCGCCAACUGGGACCUCCGUUUUACUGUCCGAAACCCCAACAAAAAGUUGACACUUUACUACGAUGAUGUAGCAGCAGCGGUUUUUUAUGAUUCGGCUUCGCUUUCGGACACUACAGUCCCGCCGUUUUUUCAGGAUAAACGGGCUGAGACUGCCCAGAAAGCGAGUUUUGCUACUUCAGGUUCGUACGUAGAGAAUCGAGCUUUUGAUGGGAUGAAUAAAGAAAGGGCUCGAAGUAGUGCAAUUGGGUUUGAUGUGAGGAUGGUGGCUAGGGUUAGGUUUAAAGCUGGGGCUUGGAGAGCAAGGAGGAGGUUUAUAAGGGUUUACUGUAAGGAUUUAUCUGUUGGGGUUGGGCCCAAUAAGUCGUCCGGGAACUUGCUUGGUGGGCCCCGACAGUGCCGGGUUGGACUCUGACAGUUGGUGAUCUUUCCUUGUUUUAAGAACCAGAAAGAUGCCAUGGCUUCUAAAAUGUUGUAUGAUCAUGAUUGGGUGCUGUAUUUCAUGGUUCAGGUUUUGUUAUGCAAUUAAGCGUAUUGCUAUGUUAUCUAAAAAGGGUAAGAUGGUAGGAAGAAUAUGCUUGCGAAGCAACACCAUUGGGGCUUUUUAUUAGACAAGUUGUUGAAAUAAGAUGUUGGUCAUCUCCCUUGUGAAGCUAACUACUUUUAUCAUUUUCAGCUAUGCAUGGGAAAGGGGUAUUUUUACCAGUAAUAAUCGGCUUCUCUACCAAUAUGAUUUCAGAGGCUUCUGUUGCUGUUGGUUCUCCAUCUGGGAUAAUCUUUUUAGGUUCUUUGAUUAGAACUUGUAGUAUCAGUUAUCAAAUGCUUCCAAAACAUAUGAUGUACAGCUUACAUUAUCAACAUAAUUGCCUUCACAUGUUCUUUUUAUAUGUCAAAAGCUUGAAGAUUUAUUUAUUUUGA